CUCAGGUACUGAACAGGAGCCACUAGGGUUUUAACUCCAUUAUUUCCACAAAUCACAAUGUACGUGCAAUGAAGAGAAGGAAUUCUCAAACUACCAAUGGAGAAACAGUUCAAAACCCAACUUCGCGCUCGAGAUUUUCUCAGCCAGUUCGGGGCACCGACAUUGGAUCCGAUCCUGCCAUUUCUCGACCGUCUGAUAAUCCUAAAACUUCUGAGUAUGCAUUCUUUAAGAAGUUAAAAGCAGAUUUGGCCCACUGUGAUCACUCCCGAUCACUAGAUGAGGAUGAAAACAGAUCAAAGAAGUUCAGGUCCAAUGAGCACAUAAAGGCAUGUGUAGGUGGUCACUGCUUUCAUAAUCAUUCACUGGAUGAGAAUGAAAACAGAUCAAAGAAGUUCAAGUCCAGCUAUCACAUGAAGGCAAUUAUAGGCCACAGCUUUCCAUCUCAUUUACCAUAUGAGGAUAUAAACAGAUCAAAGAAGUUCAGGUCCAAUGAUAAACCUAGAGAAAUGAUCAACAAACAAAAGAUGGUUAUGGAGAUUUCAUUUCCUUCAUGCCUGUUAAAAGUGCUGCACAUGUCAACUAUGACCCAUUCCUACUGCCGGUGGAUAGACAGUCAAAUAUCUCAGCACGUAGAAGUUUUUUCAGAAAAGAGGCGGAGACUACACCAAUGGGUCACAAAGACUACAUUUCCUGAAACAGAUGAUCUUUGUUCGAAGGGGCACAACAUUGUCUCUUUGCUCCUUGGUCGGCUUUUCUCUGGAAGUAAGGAGAACAAGGAUUUCAUGGCACCCAUAUCUGGGAAGGUAGAUAUGAAAGUGGAAUCGAAGUUUGUUGCUUCUCCUGAAUCAGAUUUUCACUUGACAGAACUUGAUCAACCUUUUGGCAGAAGUUAUACCGAAGUUGAGAAUGGACCAUUCUUGGACAUGAGUUUGUCAGGUUGUUGGUUGGACAGGUUAGGAGGGGGGUGUCUCUCUAAUUUGGAAUUUCCUACCUAUCAUGCUCACAGCACCCUUCUUUGCAGUGCAAGGGAACCCAGCUGUGAGUUAGAAGGAAAGCAUGCAAUCUCACAUGCCAAGAGUUAUUUCAUUGACUGUUCUCUGUUUAGAAAAUAUGAACCUCUUCCUUUAAACCGCCUUCAAGAUUCAGGUAAUUUCUACAAUCUGGAUGAAUCAUUGGUUGAAAGAGAACCACAUCCUCUCCUUCUGGAACGGGGUACUGGAAAGAUAAGAAAUGCAUGGAACUCACCAGUCAAAUGUUGGAAUAAAGGGUUAAUCACAUACCCUAUAUCACCAAAUUCAGACACAGAUGAGAACAAUCUGAUUGUUAAUAAUAUGUUUGAAAGUUUUGAUGCAAGGGAACUAUGUGGAUCAUCUCCAUGUUCUAGUUAUUCUCAGAGCCUUGUUUCAUUACUGCCAUCCUAUUCAGGCAGCUAUUCCAAGCAUGAGUUUGGGAAACAUUCUUUUGAAGAUAAAGAGGUGGCUUUUGAUUUAGGUGAUUCGCCUUUUACUUUAUCACAGACAUCUACUUUCAUUGAUUUGACUGAAGAAUGCAGAUUUGGUUCCUCGCAAAAGGGUGGCAGCAUCCCCUUUUCCCUUGAGAAUCAUCAUUGGUCUAUCAAUAAAAUUUUCAAGGAGAAUCAUGAACAUCCUGAUACUGAAGCAGACUUUUCCUCCAGUCUUGAUAGUGAUGUGGGAUGGAAGUGCUUAUCCUUAACUGAUUCACCAAGAUAUCAGUAUUCAUCUUCUUAUCAUACUAUUGAUUUUUCCCAUAAGGAAAACAUAGUUUUAUCCUUUCUUACCAGAGAUGGGCACGGGGAAUCACUGGAUAGUCAAAAUCACAGAAAAGACCUUGAUCACUGUGGAAUAGGUACAGGUGAUAUUUGUAACUGCCUAUCACACUCAUCUGCAUGCUGUACCACUGAAAUCCCGGAGAAGGAAACCAUAAUUUCAUCAGUUUUUACUAGAGAUCAGAGAAAGGUAUUACUUGAUAGUUCAGAUCACAGAAGGACUCUAAAUUUUUUCAGCAAAGAUGCUGGUGGCAGAAUUGAUGAUUGGUUACUGUACCCAUCUGCUUAUGAUUCCACUGAAUUUCUCCAGAAGAAAAACAUAAUUCCUUCCUUUUCUACUAGAAAUCAGUAUGGGAAAUUACUGGAUAGUUCAAAUCACAAAAAAAGCCUUGAUCGUAUUAGCAAAGAUACAUGUGGCAUUCAAGACUUGUUACCCUAUUGUUUCGAGAUAUCUCUUGAUAAUGGAAAAGAAUUCCACUGCUUACUGCUUGAUAAAUCAAGCUGGGAUGUCUCUAGUGAGGAAAUAUAUUCAGACAAUCAUGAAGUCGAAGACAUUUGAAGAUCCGUUAACAUUCUUGAUGGUCCUUGCUUCUGUAAGGUUUCCUUUGGCUGAAGGGUGUCAUUACUCAUUUCCUAUGAUUUCCCGUGGUAAGGUCUCUCACUUUUGUCCAUCGUAAUUACAAAUGUUUUCAAGAUGAGGUAGAUGGUAUCCUCACAUGUGAAGAAAAUUGUGGCAAUACUUUGGCAAUAACAAACACUAGUUUAAAUCACAUGUUUACCAUCAUUUAACGAAACUGCAGAGUGUAUUAACUGUAAAAUCCUGUGCAAUAUUAUUAGAUGAUG